GCUCUUCCCUCCUCAAAACCUUAUCUGCAAUAUGACCAUUUCCACUUGUUCAGACUGGUCUGUAGCUUGCAUUAACUCUUGCAGGGAUUCCCACAGAUUUAAUUUGAUCCCAACCUGCAAAAGCCUUCCUUUUUUCUCUGUAACACGCCCAAGAUUCUUAAACUUCGAUGUUUACUCCUCGGGUUGCUCAUCUCCAACAUUAGAAGAGCCCUCCAAUAGCUUGCCCAUCAUCGAGUUGAACCUCGAGUUUCCAGAUUCCGAACGAUGCCAAAAACCCGAUUGUGGUAAUUUAAAUGAUAUUUUACGUGGGUUGUUUGCAGAUCCUCAAACCCAAGAACUCGCGUACGAAUACUAUGAAAAAGUUAAACAAAGGCCGGAAUUUAGGCCUGAGAGAUCGACGUUGAAGCAUGUAAUCAGGUAUUUGUUAAGUUCAAGUAAAUGGGGUCUGAUUUUACAAGUUUGUGAAGAUUUUAGGAAUUAUCAGGUGUUUCCGGAUAGCACCACCUGUUCUAAAUUGAUUAGGAAUUGCAUUAGAGCUAGAAAAUUCAAAAUUGUCGAGACUUUGCUUCAAGAUUCUAAAGCUAAUGGUGAAGUCAGUGUCUCGGCCUUUGUUUCUGCAAUGAGUGGCUAUAACAAACUUCAUAUGUAUCGGAGCACGAUUGCAGCAUUCAGGCAAAUGGAAUCUGCUGGCGUUCUUCCGGAUUUGAAAAGUUAUUGCCAUAUCAUGGAAGCUUAUGCGAAAUCCGGUGAUUCUGAGAGAGUGGUUGAAUUGUUUCGAGAACUUCAAAGUACGCAACUUAAUUUCUAUUCAUCACCAGUCUGCGGUCAGAUUUAUGGAAUUCUCUGCAAGUCUCUAAGCGAAUCAGGAAGGGCUUUUGAAGCUCUCGAAUACUUCCAAGAAAUGACAAAGAAAGGGAUAAUCUUGAAGGAUUCUUCGGUUUACUCUUCUCUGAUAUGUUCGUUUGCGAGAAUGAGAGAAGUAAAGGUGGCCGAACAACUUUCGGAGGAAGCGAAAAGCAAAAGAAUGUUGAGAGAUCCUGAAGCGUACUUAAAACUCGUGUUGAUGUAUGUGGAAGAAGGGCAAAUGGAGAAGACUCUGGGAAUUGUUAAGGCAAUGAAAGACUCGAGACUUAGAAUUCCCGACUGCAUAUUCUGUGCAAUUGUUAAUGGCUACUCCAAGAAAAGAGGGUUUGAGGCCGCAGUUAAGGUUUAUGAGGAGCUUAUCUCGCAGGGAUGUGAGCCAGGACAAGUUACCUAUUCAUCAAUAAUAAAUGCCUACAGUCAACUUGAGCUAUAUUCAAAAGCAGAAAUGGUAUUUUCCGAGAUGGAAAAGAGGGGUUUAGAUAAAUCUGUGGUAGCCUAUUCCAGCAUUAUUGUAAUGUAUGGGAGGAUGGGAAGAGUUAGAGAUGCAAUGAGGGCGUUGGCCAAGAUGAAAGAAAGAGGAUGUGAACCCAAUGUAUGGAUUUACAACUCUCUGAUGGAAAUACAUGGGAAGGCCAAGAAUUUGAGGCGGGUUGAGAAGCUUUGGAACGAAAUGAAACGAAGAAAGGUUUCUGCAGAUAAGAUAAGUUAUACUAUAAUUAUCAGUGCUUAUGGUAAGGCUAGGGAGUUUGAGACAUGUGUGAGAUAUUACAAAGAGUUCAGGAACAAUGGAGGAGUCAUUGAUAGGGUGAUGGCUGGAAUCAUGGUUGGAGUUUUUUCAAAGAGCAAUCGGAUUGGUGAUUUGUUGAAGCUUUUGCAGGAUAUGAGAUCUCAUGGAACAGAGUUUGAUGGCAGGCUUUAUAGUUCUGCUUUGGCUGCAUUAAGGGAUGCUGGUUUGCUAGUGCAAGCCCAAUGGUUGCAGGAUUGCUUUACCUCCAAAAUGAACCUAAAUAGUUGAGACAGGACUUCUUGUAAAUAUUGCUGGCUUCUCUGAAUUGUGUUUAUUAAAAUUGUUAUUCUUUACUAUUGGAAUCAGAUUAAUAGCUUUAAUAUCCUAA